AUGAAAUUCAUCAAUUUAUUCGCUUAUACUGCCCUUGUCGCAUUGAUUUCCUUUCACAGCGCUGAAGCUCAAACACCUACAACACCUACACCAACUUCCCCCGCUUCCCCCGCUUCCCCCCCUUAUUCUUGUCCGACAGCAGAUCUUCCUACUUUCAGCUAUAACCUUUGCAAUGAAACUGGCCCAGACCGGACUGCUCUUUGCUCCAGAAACAUGGGCUAUUGUACGAAUAAUUGUGCUGGAUCAAACUUCUGUAACAAUGAAACCAUGGCUUGGGGAUGCGGUUGUAGUAACAAAGUGCCUGAUUUUAACGCUUACCAAUGGCCCAUAAAUUAUGCAGAUUGUCAAGGAAGAGGACAGGCUUGUAUGAAAGCCUGCAAAUCCGAAGCAAAAUGUAUUCAAGCUUGUAGCACUUGUUAUUCCAAUGUUUGUGGCACACCCAAUCAACCACCAGCUUAUUACCAAACUGAUGACGUAAGCCAAACCCCAUCUUACGGUCCUCCAACAAAUACAAGUACUGGGUCGGGAUCUGGGUCGGGUUCUCCAAAUGCUUCUGGCACUUCGAGUGCAAGCGGAACCAAUUCCGCAAAAAGCGGUGCUUCAUCACUUUCAAUAACCUUUUCAAUUGGCUCUGCAAUUUCUGCUUUAGCCGUUGUAGCCGCUGGAAUGAUGAUGCUUUAA